UAAGCCAAGAGUGAGUGAAAGAGAAAUUUUUGUGUGGGUUUGUGUUUAUAUAUGCUGUAUUGGAUCCUUCGCCAAAGUGGGUUUUCGAAGCCUCUCUCAGCUCCCUUUCUUUAUCUCUCUCUUUCUAUCCCUUUCUCAUCAGAAACAUCUUGCGAGCUAAAUUCCAAAGAAAAGCUGAGAGAAAACAAAUCAGUGAACAAUCAAGAAAGAUGGUGAUGUGAUUAAUUAAACUCUUUGGCAUUUUCUUUCCUUAUAUCAUCAAGGUUCUUUCUUCUCUUCUAGGCUUUCAUGUUCAGUUCUUGUCUUUUUCUUUGUUUGCUUGCAUUAGCUGCUGAUCGAUUCGGAUCUUUGUUCUUGUCCUUCACCACUUCUCGAUCCUAGGUUAAUUUCUCAGUGCUCAGUUUGAGACAUUGGGUUCAUUAAUUCUUGAGUACUUUAGUAUUUUAUCUUAGUUUCUUCAUGUACUCAAAAUUAAAACCAUUUUCAUUCAUGGGUGUGUCCAAUUCUGAGAUGUUUCUCUCUGAGAAUAAAGAUGUAAGCAGUACCAUGGAAUUCAGUUUCUUGGUUAGACCUCCUUUAGAAUUCCAAGAAGAUGAUCAGUGUCAAAUUGCAACUUUUCAAGAUGUUGAUGAUGAGCCUCAACAGCAAAAAGAAGAGAGAGUACUACAAGAAGAAGACAAAUGCACGUUGCUGAUGGCUCCAGUGGAGUUAAAAUUGCCAUGUUCAGGAGAAUUCAAGGUUCAUGAAAAUGGUGAAGAAGAUGCAAAAAAUGAUGGGUUCAAGACUCCAACAUCUUUGGAUCACAAAAUUCCUGUCAUGCUCAAGUGUCCACCUGCACCAAAAAAACCAAAAUCUCUCCCAAUAUCACCAAAACGAAAAGCGUUUCGCCCGAGAAUCCUACUUGAUUUUACAAAAGAGAUUGAGUCUUUAUUUCCUCCAGCUCUUCUUGCAGAUCUAGGGAACAAGAUUAAGAAAGUCAGACAAGGAAGUGACUUCAAAUGAUAUGAUAUGUACAAUGUAUUUCUGUGAAGAAUUAGAAUCAUGUUUGUCUUUUUAUUAUUAUUAUCUUCCUUUUUUGGUGUGGAAAUUCCCACUUAAAAAUUGCAUUCUAUCUAAAUUAAGAUAACAAUACUG